AUGGAUUAUCCAACAUACAUUGCUAUUACAAAUCUACUCAGGAACAAGACUUACCCCUUGGAUUCUAAUGCUAAAUUUAACAAGAAGAUGGAUACAAUGGCCAAGAACUAUCAAAUCAUACAAGGAAGGCUCUACAGAAAAAGGAAUAGUAAGCACGGAGAGCCAUUAGAGGUGCUACACGAGGGUAAUAUCAAGGAAGUGUUGACGCAAGUACAUCAAGAAGGACAUUUUGGAGUGAACAAUACCUGGUACAAGGCCAAAAUUCAGUAUUUUGCUCCCAAGUUAUUUGCAGCUGUUCAAGACUUAGUGAAGCAUUGUGAGGCAUGUCAGUUUAGAAAAAAGAAACCAGCAAGGAGAGUCGUUCUUGCCAAGCCGAUUACUACGCCAGCAAGACCAUUUUAUAUGAUAGGUUGUGAUGCAGUGGGCCCUGUGGUGGAAUCAAAUUCAGGUUGCAAGUACAUUUUGGUGGCUAUUGAUUACCUUACUCGUUGGCCGGUUGCAAUGGCGGUGAAAGACAUUACAGAGGAGACUACGGCUACAUUUCUCUUCGAUUGCGUUGUGCAGUUCUAUGGUGUUCCACAAUUUAUUUUAACGGAUAGAGGCUCAAAUUUCACAUCUCGGUUUGUCAAGUCGUUUCUUCAACAAAUUCAUUGUAGGCAUUUGACUACAUCUGCGUUCCGUCCUCAAACUAAUGGUCUAUGCGAGAAGAUGAAUGGUACAUUGGUGCAAGCACUGUCAAAGAUCGUGCGUGAUGACUGUCCAGAUGUCAAAAAUUGGGAUCAAAAGGUGCCUGCGGUGUUGAUGGCGUUGCGUACAAUGAAGAGUGAAGGCACAGGCUUUACCCCAGGCAAGUUACUCUUUGGCUAUGAUAUCAGGACUCCAGGGAAUUGGUCUGCUCCAAGGAUUGACUAUGUGGAAGGUGAAUACAACGAUGAGAUUGAUAGAAGGGUGGAGGAAAUCGAUGCUGCUGUCAAGGAAUACCGAAUCAAAGCAAGAGAAGUCUCCAAUGAAGGAAAGAAGCGAAUGAAAGCAAGAUACGAUGACACAGUGAAGUUUCGAAAGCAAUACCGAGUUGGGGAACAAGUCCUAAUGAAAGAUCAAUACCCUGAAAACAAGUUUGCGGAUAAGUGGAUUGGUCCCAUGACGGUUGUGCGUAUAAAUGGCUCUGGUACUUAUCACUUGGCUGGUCCUAAUUCAAGACGUUUGGAUGGUGCUAAGGAUUGUUCUCAUCAUGGUUGGAAAGAAAAGAAGCAAGACGCCCUGAAUGAAUAUCAGCACUUUAAGGAGGGAGGCAUGUUACGAUGUGCCAAGGCUUCUGAACCUUCUAUUGCUUCCCGUACUACAGUUACACCUGCUAAGCAAUUAAUUUUCAUUAAUUCUGUGCACAGUAACACUACUUUGUCCUCUGGUUCCACUACUUCGUGUCCAAGUGCCACUGCUUUGCCUAACGUUACCAGUUCUAACCUCACUUCUGUUACUCCUGGUCCUACCCCCACGGUUUCGCAAUCGAAACGUCCAUUUGUGCCUUCCCCAACUUCCUCUUUCGGUGAAAUGCCCCAAAAACGGAUUUUGACCAAAAAGGGCGUGAUCUCUUCUCCCACGGUUGUCAAUGCCAAUGUCAAUGCUCCCCCUGAGGUGAUCCCUGCUUCUCGUAUCACUCGAAUUCCGAUUCCCAAGGGUUCUAAGGUUCCCAUUAAUGCCGAAAAAGCUUUGCCACAACCAAAUGCUGCUAUUCCUGCUACUAAUACCACUACUGAUCCUUUGAUCAAUACUACUGCUGUCUCUUCUAACACUGCUACUACUACUAUUAUUGAUCUUCCUUCUGAUACCUCUACCGUUGCUUCUUCAACUACUUCUCUUGCUGACUGGGCAAUCGAUUUUCAGGUUCAAUUGCGAGCUAUGAAUACUCGAUUUGCUGCUUAUGAAAAUCGGUUGAAUGAAGUUGAACGUCUUACAGCUGAGAAUGCUCAGCUGAAAUUUGCUCUGUCUGACGCACAUCAGUUGAUCGCAACACUUCAGGAGGAGGUGAAGCGACUUAACAACGUCUCUGUAGAUGCCGUUAUGUCUGAUGUGUCUGGUGUCUCUGCCUCUGGUAUUUCUGGUGAUUCUGGUGACUCUAAUGACUCUGGUGUAUCUGAUGGUGCUGCUGGUGCUGCUGCCUCUGGUAACUCUGGUGCUUCUGGUGUCUCUGGUGUCUCUGGUGUCCCUGGUGUCUCUGGUGCUGCAUUUGGUGUCUCUUCUGGUUCAUUCUUUGCUGGUAACUCUUCUGUUUCCAAGUAUGCUUCUCUUCCUGCUACAGCAGCUGCUUCUUCCACUCGUGUUGCCUCCACUACUCCUACUCCUACCUAUAACUUUUUGGCAGCUGCUAAAAAAGGUAAGAAAAGCAAGCAAAAAUCCAAGUCAAAGCCUUCCCCUCAAAAGGUUGAGGCUGCCGCCCGCUUCUUUUCUGACUAUCCUGAGCAAUAUGAGCAAGGCUAUCGAUACAUCUACUUUCGUAGUCGUCAUCGUAAGUCUUACAAGGCUGUUCGUGAACAAUUGCAUACCUUGAAAGUCCAAAACUGGCGUGUUUUGGAUAUCCACUACCCUGCUCCCAAGGCUGUUGCCCUUUUGGUUCAUCAUGAAUAUGCCAAGGAGCUACUUGAUACUCUUGCCAAGGCUAAGGUUCUCCCCAUUGAUGCUUUUGAUCCUCGUGAUCCAACAAUUCUGGAGGAUCCUCGUCUUGUUUCCCUUACUGAAGCUGAGCGUGUGGAGAAGGCUAUCCAGGUUCAUCAGGGUCGUCUUCUGCGUGGUCUUCAAUACUUGUACCAGCAUGCUGGUCGUCGUCCUAUUUCGAUUGCUGUUGCUACUGACUUUUUCCACAAGAAAUGGAUCUCUAAUGAUCAAUUGCGUGAGUUCAAGUCUAAUGGUUCUUUUACGAUUAAUGGUGUGGUGUCUGGUGAUUCUGUUUCUGGUGAUUCUGGCUCUGGUUCUGAUGGCUCUGGUUCUGGUGGUGACUCUGGUGCUGGUGGUGUCUUUGAGACGGAUAAUGAGAAUGUUACCAUGACUGAUGCUGCUAAUGAUACUGGUUCAACUGUUUCUGCUUCCCUUCCUGGUGGUGAUAAACCAGAGGCACCUCAGUAA